AUGUCGGCUCUCUUUGGCGAGGAGGCCGCGACCGCGGCUCGAGGCUUUCGCGCGAGUGCGGAGAAUGAAGAACUCGACGCAGAGUACAGCAUGAUCGCAGACGAAUACCCCGAAGAGAUCGACUACUAUGCCUUACUGGGCCUAUCACCAAACCCCCCUCCGACCGAGGCCGAUAUUCGUUCCGCGUACCGCAACCUUUCUCUUAGCUUCCACCCGGACAAGCAACCACCUCACCUCCGUGAUGCCGCCCGGCGGCAUUUCACCCAGAUCCAAGAGGCUUAUGAUGCCCUUAUCAACCCCCAGAAGCGUGUUGUGUAUGAUAUGAUGGGGGCGGAGGGUGUCAGACGUGAAUGGGGCAUUUAUGGUAGCAUGGGUCGUGGGGGAAAGGCGGAAACGCAGGAUGUGGGUGUCAAGGCUAUGGCCCCCGAAGAGUUUCGCCGAUGGUUCUUGGACGCAAUGAAAAAGCGUGAGCGGAAAGCUGUUCAAAGUCUGGUGGCAUCUAAGGGCACGAUUGUUUUUGGGAUAAACGCAUCCGACACUAUCAGAGUGGACCGGGAGAUGGAAGAGGUGUCUAUACACAUUCCAUCGCCAAGAUUGACAUCUUUUGGUGCAACAUAUCAGUUCAAGACUCCCCUGCCUCUACCUGGAUUCCUAGCCACAGAUGAGGGCAACAACGAGGAAGAGGACCAAUCGACAGAGGCUGAUAUAACCGAAGAAGAGGACUUUGGAGAGGUGAUAUUUAAUGCAGCUGUCACCGGUGGUAUGGCUCGUCCAAAGGUUCCCUACCAUUUCGAACUCGAUGGGACAGAGCACGAGCUGGAGCUACCGGGUCCUCGUCUUUUAGUGGCCCAGGCCCAGGCGAUACAUCUUGGUGCCACCAUUGCCCCCAACUUCAGGACUCUGGCAAGUAAAAAGGGGAUCUUAACUUGGCGUCCUUUUUCAUUCCUCAGAGACUCGUCUGUUACUAUCGAGGGUAUCCUCCUUCCCGAGUCUGCCUUGAAAACCACGAUAGCUCGGAAAUUUCAGCCGAUGCCAGGUAUUACGCCAUUUCAAGUCACAGCAUCUAACACUAUCAAACACUCCAUGUUUGAAACCCCUCCUGUAUUUGAUAUUCAAGUCAUAAAACCGAUCACGAAACGAAAAAUGGCCUUUUGCUCGUGGUCAAGUGGUUCAUGGGAGUGGCCCGACUUCCUCUUCGAUCGUUUCGAUUUCCUUGGCCCGAGUCCCGAAACCCUACUAGCCACAGAGGGGGAUUUGAGCCACUUUCAAAUCGGUCUUAUCUCAGUACCUGAACGUAAAGCGCGGUCUUCUGAAGAGGAUGAUGACGAUGAUGAAGAGCUUGCGAAUUUACAACAGAAGGCGGCUGCCUAUCGUGCCGCAGAAUCGUGGGAAACAUACCUGAACGUUUCCCCCCAGGGAGGUGCCAUUGUCGCGAAAUAUAGUCGAAAUGUGUUUUCUGGCAAGCCAGCCGAUGACCCUGUCAGAUCUGAGUGGAGCGGCGAGGGAUACACUCCCAUGCCGAGGAUGGAGGAGGCUCGCGCGGUGCGACUCGAGAUUACUAAUGUUAUUGGUCUAGACCUCACGCCUAGCUGGACUGUCAAGGGAACCCGGCGGGUUGGCGAGUACACCACUGUUGGAUUGGGUGUCGGUAUUGCACAAACUGGUGUGCACAUGACCUUCUCAUGGAACCGCCUUGGUCAAGGCUUCAAUAUUCCUGUCAUCCUCUGUCCUGCGAGUGAGGCUAACCAGGAUGCUGCGGUCUUCGCUACGCUUGUCCCGUGGUUAGCUUAUUGUGUUGUCGAAUUCGGUUACAUAAGACCACGCGAUCGAAAGAAUCGACGUCAAGCGGCGGCUCGUCGUCACAAUGAGCUGAAGAAGCUCCUUCCUAAAAAGCGAGCGGAGAGCCUAGAAGCCAUUGAGCUUAUGACCGAUCAAGUACAAAGACGGCAGGAUCGGGAAGCGAAGAAGGACGGUUUAGUUAUUACCAAGGCUGAAUACGGAUAUGUGGCCGCGGGGAACAAGAAGCUGCUGGCUAAAUUCCCCGAGUCUCGACUCAUUGAUGUGACGAUUCCGGUGGCUGCACUGGUUGAUGACGGUCAACUAAAUAUCCCUGGCAAAACCGUUAAAUUCCACCUCAUGGGAUUCUAUGACCCUGCACCUUUGUUGCCAAAGCGACUACGAGUUUGGUACACGUUCCAAGGUUGUGAUCAUUAUGUGGAUGUUGGUGAUAAAGAAGCAAUUUCUUGUCCCAUGCGCGCACACUUAGUUUCUGCCUGA